CAGAUAUAAGUGGUAUACUUCAAGGAUAUAAAGAUUCAAUUACACCAGGUACAUGGCAAAUGAUCAAAGAACAGAAACAGGAAUGGGUCGAUGUCUACUCAAAUGAAGAUAUAUAUGAAAUUAUGAGAAAAUCACCGGAUAAUAUUUUAUGCUUAGGUAUUCUUGUUCAACGUAGCGAAGAAGCUGUUACUAAUCCAACGAAAGGUUUAAAACUUUUGAACGUGACAAAUACAAUUAUUUCUUAUGAUUCAUUUAUAAAUGCCAUGAAUGUAGCUAAAAAUGAUUUGCAACAAACACAAGGAGAGUUUACUAUUUUAAAUGAUCUAUAUUGUGUAGCGGGUGCUCUAUCAAAUGAACGAAUUAAUGCUGUUAUACCAUUGUACAUCAACGAUGAACACAUGAAACGAAUACGUAUUCUAGAAGGAAUUUGGCUUGGUUAUCUAUAUACAUUAGAUAGUUAUGGGUAUGAUAAACAACAGGAAGUUGCUAUAUUAAAAUUGCUUUGUGAAAUUAUUCAACAACGUACCGAUACACAAAGACAAAAACAGAUUUUAACUGAACUAGAGAAAGUCUGUCAAUUUAUUAUCAAUGAAUCACAAGGUUUUAAAACAGCUGAACAAUAUGGUGAGAAAACAUAUGAAAAAUUAUUGAAUCGAUUGGUAUUAGUAAACAGUCAAGAAUAUGAUCUACGUAUACCACUGAUGAUUGGUUAUUUAAAAGGCAAUGUAACAUCUGUUCUUUUACCAGUUUACUAUGAAUAUCUUCGACAACAAUAUCAAAAUAAAUAUGAUAAAAGAUCAUUGGAAACAAAGCAGAUUGUAGAAAAUCUUGUCUAUGGUUGUGAAGCAAAACAUCAGACGAUGACUGUCAGUACAAAUAAUCGAGAUAAUAUUACGACAAUUAAUAGCGAUCCGGAUUAUAUCGAAAAAAGUUAUAUUGAUUAUUAUCAUGAUGAAUUAUGUGAACCAAUUCAAUUAUUAAAAGAAAAAAUUAAUAAUGAAAAUCAGAGACUUAUUGUAAGUGAUGCAAUUGAAGUGGAUUAUAUUAAAAGUUUGUUAUUACCAAUACCUGAUUUUAUUAAAAGUCUAUUAAGCUAUUGUCACAUCGAUGAGGAUUAUAUUGAUAAACAUUUAGAUUACGCACAUUUGAGAUGGGAAUUGUUAGUAACAUUUUAUUAUUUGAUUUAUUCCGAUACAAAUAGUGGUGCAUUACAGAAUUUACCGAAGGAAGAAAACAUUCUAUCUGUAAUUGAUCAACGCUUACAAAGUGGUAAAGAACAUGUUGUUGAUUAUGAUUACUCGACGGAAAAUAUUCGUCUCGUGAGUUAUGUUGCUCUUAAUUGUAAAACACUUGAAGGAUUUGCUGGUUUAAUGCGUAAAUAUUGUUCACAAUGUCGUGGUCCAUUAUUUACUGAAAUUUUUAAACAAUUACUUCGACCAGACGACAAUGAGAAUGAUAGCGUCGCUGCGAAAAUAACAAAGAAAGAUAAACGUAUAGCUUUGAUUACAAAUCAAAUUCCAACAACAACGACUAUAAAACCAUUUUACAAUAUGAAAAACUACCAACGGCAAUCAUAUUAUGAUGAACGAAUGGAUUCAUUAUAUGAGUUUAUUAACAAUAACGAGGUUACUGAAAUACAAUUGCAUCAUCUUGAAAAAAUAGUUGUUUAUUGCCGUGGCCGAUCAACACUGCCAGACCGAAAGAGCAGAAAACAAAGAUUACAUUGUUAUGUUUUAUUUUAA